UUCCUGCUUGCCUACAAAACCACGGCACAGCAGUACAACAUUUCUCGCUGGCAUCAUUGUCUUUUAAUCAGUGUCAGUUGUCAAAAAAAUUAAAAAAUAGGUAUUCAUUUUUACACUACACAUUUAGAAUUAGAAUUGAUGAAAUAAUUUCAAUCUAAUGCUUAUCAGAUCUAUCCCCAGGAAUUUGUUGUCAUCAGCCAAUUUAAAGAUUAUUCAAAGUGUUUCAAGCCGCGGUUGUCUUAAAAAAAUGUCAACAGCAUUAGAAGGUUUACCUAAAGUGGACAUAGAUCCCACUGGAGUAUUCAAAUACAUAUUGUUAAAUGUAUAUGAUAAAACAAAAGUUAAUGUGGAACCUGUGGUUAUUGUUCGUGGCUAUAAGCGAUGCAAUUACCAUUCCGAUAUUUAUGAUGAGGUUCAAGAUAGACUACAACCCUUAGACUGUGAACCUCUUGGAGGAGGUAGAAUAUCUCAUGAUCCUGAAAAUAAAAAGAUACAUAUUUAUGGCUAUUCCCAAGGCUAUGGCAAGGCAGACCAUGACAUAGCGGCUAAAUUAAUCAAGAAAGCCUAUCCUGGCUACAGCAUCACAGUCAGUGAUGAAGGAUAUUAAAGUUUACUGUGAUUUUUCAUCAACUUCUUUUUUAUUUACACUUGUAGAAUAAUAAAUGAAUUAAUAAAAACAUUUGUUAUAUA